UUUAAUAUUUUAAUAAUAGAGGUGUAAAUUUUCGUUGAAAAAACUCAAAAUACAGCCGAAACGCAAACACAUGGAAACCAAAGGUAAGUGGGAACUCUGAGUCUGGUGAAUUCAGUCUAAGCUUCUUCUUACAACUAUGGCUAAGAGCAAUACCCGUCCCACGAAAAUGUCCGUUCGUCAUUCAACUUUAGAUAGGAUCAGUGACUUACCAGAAAAUGUCCUUGAGAAUAUACUCUUGUGCUUGCCAAUUCGAGAUGCAGUACGAACUAGUAGCUUGUCAAAAAAAUGGAGGAACAAAUGGGAAGAUGCUCCUCAGCUUAUAUUCGACACUACUUUUGCACCGACAACACAGCGAACACAAAUCAAUAAACUUUUGAUGACCAUUUAUGAAGUGUUAUUACUUCACUCUGGUCCAAUACAUAAGUUCACUCUCUCCUUUCCUGGAUUGAGAAGCUGUCUUGAGAUUGACCGGUUGGUUCUUUUCCUGUCUAGAAAAGGUGUUCGAGAAUUCAAACUUUGCAUCUCAAUCGGAUCCCUGCACAAAUUGCCUUCGUACCUUUUUUCAUGUUUGCAAUUAAAACAUCUGAGUCUGCGUUCGUGCAUAUUUACUCCUCCACCUACAUUCAAAGGAUUUAGCACACUCAUUACUCUAAAGCUUCAGGAAGUUCAGUUUCCUCAGAACUUUAAGGAUUUUAUCUCUAACUGUUGCUUACUCGAAGAGUUGAUGUUGGAUUCAUGCACAGAUCUCUCUCGUCUUGAGAUCAAUUGCCCUAAACUCAAACUCCUUUAUUAUAUUGGUUCUUACCAAACUUUGUGCUUUAAAAAUAUGCCUCAUCUUGCAGCAGUGUCAAUUUAUGAAAUUGAAGCUAAAUCCGAGGGAAUGAAAAUACCUGAUUUGGUUCAGGUACUACAUAGUUUACCUGCAUUGAAGUACCUGAGUGUGGAUUAUUAUUUUCUGAAGACCUUGGUCGGGCUUCCAACCCCUUUGAAGCACUUGAAAAGUAUUAUAAUUUAUUUCGUAUCCUUUACUAAAUUGGAGGAAGUCACAUCUGUUUUUCACUUGCUUAGAAGCUCCCCUAACUUGCAAGACCUUCAAAUUGAGAUGUAUCCAGAAGCAGGAGCCUAUGCCAUUAAACCUGUUGAACUCUUAGAAGCUGAACAACUCUUAAAAGUUGAAGGGCAGUCAAAGUACUCGUUAAACCAACUUCGGAAAGUAAAGUUGCAAAAGUUCAACGGUAGUAGACCGGAAGUAGAGUUUGUCAAGUUUCUGUUAGCCAAAUCACCUGUGCUUGAGACAAUAUCUCUGCAGCCUCAUGAAGGGACGUCCAAUGACAAACAACUUGCAAUAUUAAUGGAGAUAAUUCGAUUUCGGCGUGCAUCAACUAAUGCAGAAAUCAUUUGUGAGAAAUUUGUUGAAGAGUACGAUGAUGAUAUAGUUAGUAUGUGAAUGUAUAUGUGAAUAGAAUCAAACCAAAACAGAGUGUCGUGGUUUCCAUCAUAUGCUCAUUUUGUUAAAGAAAUGAGUUUGUAACAUACUAACAUUAAACAUCAGUUUAAAAAACAACGGUUGAAGCCAAA